CAAAAGUUCUUUGCUUCCGCACCUCUCAAAUUCCAACUUCCAGAAGCGGCUGCUUUUCAGCAAGAAUUUUCACUUUUAGUCGAUUUUACGCUACUGCCGUAACAAAACAGAGGCAGAUGGCCGAGAUGCCUCUGCUUCACCAUAGACUAGCUCUGUCCCUCCACCACCAUCACCAUCUCCUCCUCCUCCCGCCGCCCACCACCACCACCAAAAGACUAUCCCAAAGAAUCCUCAAAAUCACCAUGUCCACGGCAGCUUCAUCACACUCUCCAUCCAUCCACCAACACUCGUUAGACCAACAACAACAGCAACAAAAAGAUCAAGUCUUGAGGUACCAUAACCAAACAAAACACAACUUCAACAACUAUGCCCGUGGCCCUUAUGGCCUUGACUGGGCCAACCAACCCAACCCUUUUCGCCGUUACGUGUCUUCCGCACUCCUCCCUCUUCUGCACCCUCCCUCACCCAAUUCUCCCGCUACCACCCGGGACGGCUCUCCUCCUCCUCUGUAUCACACGGUUUUCAAUUCUUUACCGUCCCCAAAACCCAUUUCCAAGACCACCAUUUCUCAACUCUUUUAUGAUUCUUUAGCCUUAUCAGCCUGGAAAACUACUGGCUUCUCCACUUGGUCCCUCAGGGUUAAUCCCAGCAGUGGGAAUCUUCACCCCACUGAGGCUUACAUCAUUGCACCACCAAUUGAUUCUCUGAUUGAUCACUCAUUUGUCGCUCAUUAUGCUCCGAAAGAGCAUGGUUUGGAAAUUAGAACCGAAAUUCCAUCUGGGUUUUUCCCAAAAAUUUUCCCCAAGAACUGUUUUCUUAUUGGAUUUUCCUCUAUUUUCUGGAGGGAAGCUUGGAAGUAUGGUGAGAGGGCCUUUAGAUAUUGUAAUCAUGACGUCGGGCAUGCCAUUGCCGCGGUUUCGAUGGCCGCGGCAGGUCUUGGGUGGGAAGUUAAGGUUUUGGAUGGUUUGGGCCAUGAUGAACUAGAGAAACUAAUGGGACUUGAUGUUUUUCCCGAGUUCAAAAUCCCGUCCAGGCCGGUCAAGGGGAAGAUGCCUGAGAUUGAGUUUGAGCAUCCUGAUUGUGUGCUUCUGGUUUUUCCUAGUGGCACAAGUGAUUUUGGCGUUGACUAUAAGGGGUUGAGUUUAGCUAUAUCCCAGUUUUCAACAUUGGAGUGGAAAGGGAAACCGAAUUUGCUUAGUAAAGAGCAUGUGUGUUGGGAUAUUAUUUAUAGGACCGCCGAGGCAACAAAAAAGCCUUUAAACAUAUUCAAUCAAUCCAUAGUUGCUCCGUUUCUGGGCAGUGGAGGCAUUAGUGAGAGUUCUUAUAAAGGUUUUAGUUUGAGGGAAAUGGUUAGAAAGAGGAGGAGUGCAGUAGAUAUGGAUGGUUCUACCACAAUGGCAAGAGAGACCUUUUAUCAGAUUUUACUGCAUUGUAUGCCUUCGGGUUUUGGGAGUGGAGAAAAGCAAAGGAAACAGUUAGCAUUGCCAUUUAGGACGCUUUCAUGGGAUUGUGAAGUGCAUGCUGCCCUUUUUGUUCAUAGAGUUGUAGGAUUGCCCAAGGGGUUGUAUUUUUUGGUGAGAAAUGAAGAGCAUUUGGAUGAUUUAAGGAAAUCUACAAGGUCUGAAUUUAAGUGGACCAAACCAGAUGGUUGUCCGGAUGAGCUUCCUUUGUAUGAACUCGCAAAGGGUGACUAUCGGGAGCUAUCAAAACGCCUAUCCUGUCAUCAGGACAUUGCCAGUGAUGGUUGCUUCAGUCUGGGUAUGGUGGCUCAUUUGGAGCCUACCUUGCAUGAAAAAGGUUCAUGGAUGUAUCCUCGGUUAUUUUGGGAGACGGGGGUCCUUGGCCAGGUCUUGUACCUUGAAGCCCAUGCAGUUGGGAUCUCUGCUACUGGAAUUGGUUGCUUUUUUGAUGACCCUGUACAUGAAGUUCUUGGGGUACGAGGAUCGAAGUAUCAAAGCCUUUAUCAUUUUACAGUUGGAGGCCCAGUUAUUGACAAGCGUAUAAUGAGUUUACCAGCAUAUCCUGGCCCAGGCGUUGAUGCAUGAUGGAGAGGAGAUUAGAAUGAUACUCAGCUCACCCCUUUCUGCAAACCUUAUACAUACUACUGAGACAAAAUCUGCAUUAGGCAGUAUUGUUGAUUCUUUCCCUCUGUAGUUAAGCUAUCAUUCUCCUCAAUUAUUGUAAAUGAUGUAAAUUUAUAAUGUGUCUGGUCAGUUUAUUCACAUAAACGAAGAUGAUCUGCAACAAGUCUUCUCCUACGAAUUGUGGUUUGCUGCACGCAUACUGAAUUGUACUGGCGGAGAUGGUUGCCUUGAGCUUCCCCAAAGGAUGUCAAGAUGGUUUUUGUAUGGCAAGCAAAUUGCAAUAAUUUUUGCCUUUGUGAC